AUGCCGUUCUAUGAGCAAUCAGCGGGCUAUAAGCUGCCGGAAGGUAUGUGGGAGAAGGAAGAGGCAGCGUUUGGCCGAGCUGGAUCGACCCCUCGUAUGGGCUUUGCCAAAAGGGAACGCUACAAGAGAUGGGCCAAAUGGUUCGCUGGUGGAUGCGUCCUUGGUGGGUUGGGGACCGCUCUGGUGCAGUCUAUACGGUAUCGUACUCUCAGAGGUCAAGGAGCCAACAUAGUGCAAGGAUCGCUUAUGGUGGGGGCACUCACGAUGUUUGAGUUCAUGGUAGGACUCGGCUCCCAAUGA